CACAGACACAUUUUUGUCUUUCACUCAAGUUGAUCUUUCAUCGUUACAAAGAAGAAGCUUUUGCUCUUCUGCCGACACGUGGAUGUUUACUGGAAAAUGGAAGAGCCUGCCAGGAUGAGAUCGACAUAGACGAAUAUUGCCGUAUUCAAAGUGUGGCGCCGCGUUCAACUAGCAAAGUUGGUAUGAGUCACUUAUUUUUGUCCACCUAUACACUUUUGUCCACUACGCGAUAUACCAGUGAGCUUUGCGCAGUACUAACACGAUGUCCGAACCAGCUCACCUCUUACCGCUAGCGGAUUCUUCAUUCUGUUUGCUCUUUCGACGUUCUCUUUCCUACGAAGCCAGAGACCGUGGCUGCGCACAUGAAUCAGGAGACUGCAUUGCUUCUUUGCAUGUCUCCCUACAUGAGAAGCAGAACUUGGCCUGCUACCGAGAUGCUGUGUGGUCGUGUCUUUGGCUUAUCGAUGCAUCGAGGUGUUGCUGUUGGUCUGCAGCAGCAGCGCAAGGACCUGUCACGGUGGAAGCUGGGAUCAUGCGUGAGACUCUGCCGAGGGCGAAGCCAAAAAGCGCAACACGUGCGCAAGUACACAAGCGGCAGAUCAGCGGGACGGCCAGAAAUUGGACUGGCGCAAAGUCAACUAUGCGCUACCGACUCCGGAACCGCUCAUCAGAGCCGACGCAACAGCCGCCGCUCCGGGGGUCUUCUGUUUCAGUCUCCGAUACUGCGCAUCAACAAGGAACGCAAGGGGUUGGGGGGUUGCGUGCAACCCAUGCAGCCGCACUACUUCAAGUGGUACAACCGCAGCCGAGCCCUGAACCCGGACGCGUUGCACAUCAAGAAGAUGCCCAAGGUGGGGUUCACCUUCGUCUCCAAGCUCGACCGUCUGCGCGACAGCGGGCAAACCGAGAUGGAGGUUGGCAUGGGGC